GUCACUCCUGCCACUCUCCCUCUCGGCAGCUUCGCGCCCGCAAGUGAGAAUGCGCGUGGAUGACCAGGCGCUUACAGGGAGAGGACUGACACGAUGUAUGUCCGACAACCCUACGGUCGUCAUGUCAGCCCUCACAGAAGGCGACCGAUCGCAACGGGACAGCGGAUCCUGUUUACAGGGCCGGAUGGCAUCGGUGAUUACAAGGUGAAGAGGUGCGACUUUCCACACAGUGUCGGGGUGGGCUCUAAACUGCCAGAGGCUACCAGCGAGCUGAGUUACCUGUGCCGUGCGGCACCUGGGACGCCAACACCGAUGCCGAAGCAAUGCUACGUGGGAGGAGUUGGAUGGGGAGUGGAGGACUUCUACAUGUUAAACAUGAGGACUCUUAACAGCAAUAUGCAGCUAAAGCGGGCUGAAUUUCGUCAAGAAACCGAAGACCGAGUCACUCAUCGAUAUCAAAAUCCAUGGCAGCCACCCCCUCAUGUUCUUGACGAGCAACCCAGAAGAGCCAGAAGCACCUUAGCAUGGACUCAGAGCCAGUUUGAUGGGUACCUUCAUGGAAACAGUAAGUGGGCUCAAUCCCAUGGGAACAGGAGGACACCAGCUGCUACCCCAACAUGGAUACCUAAGAACCAUCUGGCUCCAGACCAAUCCUCACAUGUUUCAGAAGAGUCAACCAGUGUGCAAGAUUGGAAAUGAAACCGAUGCCAUUAAAGCUUCUGUCAUAUUACGGACAAUCUAAAAAACGAUUAAAGAAAAAACAAAACAAGCAGUGAAA